AUGGAUACCGGGCGCGAACCCUGCCCAUGGGUCAUUCUCACAGAUGCCGGCGGCGCGUUCAGCAUGGGCGUACUUGCUAUGCAGGUAAUCGGCGGUACAAUUUGGCAUGGCGUCAAAGGGGCGCGCAACUCGCCGGCCGGUGAGCGGGGCAUCGGAGCCAUGACGGCUAUCAAGUCGAGGGUCCCGGUGCUCGGUGGUAAUUUUGCCGCCUUUGGGGGGCUUCUGGGUCUUUAUACCUGCGCCGUCACCGGCAUCCGCCAUAAGGAAGAUCCAUGGAACGGUAUCGCCGCCGGACUUCUUACGGGAGGGUCGCUAGCCAUUCGCAGCGGCUACAAGGCCGCGAGAAACAAUGCCAUCGGCUGCGGCCUUCUCAUGGCCGUCUUCGAGGGCGUGGGUAUUGUAGUGCAACGCGCCGCGGCGGGGAGCACGCGACUAUAUUGA